CCCCUGUCGACGCCUUAACGUCAGUGAUCACGUGUUAUCUACUACGAUUCGCUGAAGUUGGAGAAAAGUUUGACAAGCCCGGAGAGUAUCGAAAAGAGCUGCAAAAGAUCCACGAAAGGAGACAGAUUAUUGACACCAAGGGUCUUUUUAUCCGGACAAACGAUGGAAUCCGUCGCCCAGAAAGUGCUGACUUCGGGAUUCAGUCUUGAUUUGGGACCUCUGAAAGAGCCGUUGGCGUUCAUCCGUUUGCUAGAAUGGGUGUUCUCCAUAUUUGCCUUUGCUACGAUUGGAGGCUACAGCGGCACAACCAGCAUCAACAUCCAGUGCUCAGGGAGUGCCAGUCAAGAAGUACUGGCAAACUUUAACUACCCAUUCAGGUUGAUGCAGCAUCCUUAUGAUGUUCCUGAGUGCAAAAUCAAUCACACCACCACCACUCCUCACUACCUGACUGGAGACCACACAUCCUCUGCACAGUUUUACGUCUGUAUUGGAGUGUUUGCCUUUCUCUACAGCACUGCCACACUAGUCCUCUACUUGGGCUACCAGCACGUAUAUAGAGAAUCUAGUCGUGGCCCCACUGUGGACCUGCUGGUGACUGCGGCCUUUGCCUUCUUGUGGUUGGCAUCAUCCUCUGCUUGGGCUAAAGGCUUGUCCGAUGUGAAGUGGGCCACCAGUCCUUUAACCAUUAUAACUCUUCUUGACGUUUGCAAGGGCAGCAACAAGUGUAGCCCAGGUGCUUUGCCUCACAUGGGCCGACUAAACGCCUCGGUGAUUUUUGGUUUUCUUAACCUUAUCCUGUGGGGUGGCAACUGCUGGUUCAUUUACAAGGAAACACCUUUCCACAAAUCAGCCGACCAGCCUGCAGAUGCGGAGGGGGGAGUUAGGCCAUCGUAACUGCUCAGCACAGCUUCCUCAUUUCAAAAUUGUCUAACAUGUAGUGUUAUCUAAUGAGUAAUUUCGUAAGAAAAAUCCUGUAGAUUGCAAGGUAUACAUUUCCAAAACUGGCUGCUUCUUUUUUGCUAUACUAAUUUUAUAUUUAGGACUGUAUUUUCUCAAAUACAUUUCAUAAAGGAACUAAAACUUGAGUUAUUCAUAGUCAAAAUCAAUAUGGGAAAUUAUAGCAGUCAAAAAAUUUUAUUCUCAUAAAUGCUCAGUUUGCACGUUUUUACAUAUUUAUACCAAGUAUCCAAAUUGAACUGUCCCUUAUCUAAAAUGGCACUGCAGAUGUGGACUGUACAGCCUUGUUGAUGAUAAAUCAUAAAGACGCAUCAUUUUGUCAACCUGUUAACUUCCAACUGUUUUUCUGUACCAUACAUCAUUUCUGCCAUCAGCAUUUUCUUAAAAAAACUCAGGGCUAUUGAGUGUACAAAUUACAAAAUACCUAAUAAAUAUUAAAUACUUGAAGUGCAUUUGUUAUUAACACAAGUCUAGACUGUAGACAAAAUCCAGUUUCAAUCCAGUCCUAAAACACAGAAUAGGCACCAAAAAGUGCAGUUACAAUGAAUUCAUGUUAAAUAGUUGUUCAUUGGAAAAAUAUUCAGUUGCCAAUAUGAGAUUAUUUAUAAUAGGUGAAUGCAAUUUCAUUGAAUCUUUUUUGAGUUGUAAGGCUGAAUUUGCUGAUUUAGGUUAGCAGCUGAAAAUUAUGUUGAAUGUAGUGGAUAUAUCUGUUUAGAGCGUAUUCACUCUUUAUGAAUUUUACAUUUAAAACUAUUACACUAGAAUUUGUGUUCUGUUACCUGAAAGGACAGGAUUUUUUUGAAUGAAUGUUUAAAUUCAGGAAUUUCUAAGAAAAUACCCCAGAAAGGUCCUAUAAUGUACUAUCAAUUGUAUAGCUGUAGCUAGAUGUUAGUUGCUGUUCAUUUUUUCAUUAAAAAAAAUGACUGAUCUCUAACUUGUUACUAAUAAACUGCAUACUUUUUGUCUUGCAUUUGCCUGGCUUCUACCUCCACUUUGUUAUAAGGGAAGGCAAGCUGUUUUUCUCUGUUACUGCCAUCAUUAUGAUUUCCUACUUCGAUAUAGCCUUUCAUGAUUCACCAGAUUCUAGCUUGGUCCACCACAGUGUUACAUAGAUAAGACUGGAGUUCCUAUUAAAGUCCAGGAAGAUACUGCAUGGACAUGAAAUGCUGUUCAUCAUUAAAAGGAAGAGCUGGA